ACGGUCCCUGCGAGGCGUAAUGGACAGAUGCCUGGCCCAAUCAGAGCGGGACUCUCUUUAUAUAAACUGUUGUAGGUUUCUGCCUUUAGCAUAAGUUAGCUGGUCUCCAGAGGUCUCUAUGGCUCGCACGAAGCAGACUGCGCGCAAGUCCACGGGCGGGAAGGCCCCGCGCAAGCAGCUGGCCACCAAGGCGGCCCGCAAGAGCGCUCCUGCCACCGGCGGCGUCAAGAAGCCGCACCGCUACCGGCCGGGCACGGUGGCGCUGCGCGAGAUCCGGCGCUACCAAAAGUCCACGGAGCUGCUGAUCCGCAAGCUGCCCUUCCAGCGCCUGGUGCGCGAGAUCGCGCAGGACUUCAAGACGGACCUGCGCUUCCAGAGCUCGGCCGUGAUGGCGCUGCAGGAGGCGUGCGAGGCGUACCUGGUGGGGCUGUUCGAGGACACCAACCUGUGCGCCAUCCACGCCAAGCGCGUCACCAUCAUGCCCAAGGACAUUCAGCUCGCGCGCCGCAUCCGCGGGGAGAGGGCCUAAAUUGCAUCCACUACCGAGAGGUAACCUAAAAUCAACCCAAAGGCUCUUUUCAGAGCCACCUACAAUUACCAUGAAAAGAGUUGGGCGCAAAUUGCCGUUAAACUUAGUUCAAGCCACGUAUUAAGUGAUUUAACAAUUCAGCUCAGGCUCACUGUACUGAAUGUGCUGGGCUUGACUAAUAUACAUACGGUCAUUUAAACUCUGUUUAACUUAUAAUUUGCCCUGUAAAUCUAGCCAUUCCUAUAUUUGGUGACAGCCCUCAGAAGCCGUUGACACAAGCCCUCCACUGUCUCCAACCGAGGCUGGGUGCUGGACCUACUAUGGGUAACGCAGGGUCUGGGUGUCCUGUAACUUUGGCUGACAGCACCGAGUGGAGUCCCCAGCCUGGGUCUUGCGGUAAGCACUGGAGGCCCUUCGUGAGUGAACAGGUGUCAUCAGAGCUCCGUGUCGUGGCAAGAACUACACAGCCCGGCUUUCCAAGCAGUUUAUUCAUCAACUACAGUCUUGCUCAGAAAUUGUCAGUUAUGGAACCCAAGAAAUACCUGCACAAAUACCUGGAAUGUAGCUCAGUGCAGUAUUUUUACAUCUUAAAGCAAAAUUGCUAGUGAAGAUAGCACCAAAACGUACCUCCCACGUGAGUGGAUUGACAGGAUUAUUAGACUCCCAGUCUUCAUUGUAGCAAUUCUGUAUCUUUCCCAAAUAGUGUUACUUUAAGGUUUAAGGCAAGGAGACAAGAUUUUAACCAAAAAAACGGGUGGUGUGGGGGAAGAAACAAAACCAUCCCUGUACCUGAAAGUUCUUAAUGGCAAUUUGUAAUUGCUUGAAAGUGGCAACAGAUUAGCAGUUCCACUUACACAUGAUCACACAAAUUCCAUACAUCCAUACAAGUGAAUCCUACUAGCAAUAAAAAGGGAGGCUAUUGAUAUACAUAACAAGCUGGCUGGGUCUCAAGGGCAUAACUAUUAGUGACAAAUGACCAGUCUCAAAGGUUACAUGUUUUAUUACAUUGAUGUAACAUUUUCAAAAUGAAACCAGAGAUGGAUAACAGGUUAGUGAUUGAUCCAGGACGGGAGAGAAAGGUGGGUGCCUGUGAGCAUGAAAGGGUAACAUACAGAGUUCCUUGGUGAUGAUGGAACAGUUUUGUUCCAGCUCUGCGGUGGUGGUUCCAAGAAUCUACUCACGGGAAAUUGCACAGGACCCUCCUCACUUACACACAGACGCGUAAAUGAGAGCAUGUGAAAACUGGAGAGAACUGAAUAAGGAUAAUUGUGUAGGAUAUCACCAU